AUGGCGCUCAGCCGCUCCCUGGGCGCCUCUGUGGCUGCCGCUUGCGGCGUGAGCUCCGAGCCAGAGGUAGCUUCGGUGCGGAUCGCUCGGGGCUCGGACGAGAUGCUCAUCCUCGGCACUGACGGACUUUUCGAGUUCUGCAGCACGAAGGAGGUUGCGACUCGACUAUGUAGCGGAGGAGUCUCCGAUGAGGUCCUCGAGGAGGUGUGCGCAAUAGCGCGAAGGCGUUGGGCUCGCAGCUCUUACAACGACACUGUGGACGACAUAACGGCCAUAGCAGUGUCGCUAGAGAAGAGCCUGUCGAAGCCAGCGGAGGACCUGGAAGAGGCCGAAGGCGAGCAAGACGAGGAGGAGAAGGUCUAG